AUGACAGCACCCAGCUCUUGGCUCUGGGGAUCUUGCCUGCUGAUGAACUUCCUCCCUUUGGGAUUUGGCCUGGAUACUCCAGAGGUCUGCCCCAGCCUGGACAUCCGCACAGAGGUGUCGGAACUCCGGCGACUGGAAAACUGUACCGUGGUAGAAGGCUACCUACAGAUCCUGCUUAUAUUCACAGCAACUGGGGAGGAUUUCCAGGGCCUCAGUUUCCCCCGCCUCACCCAGGUCACUGACUACCUGCUCCUCUUCCGUGUCUAUGGGCUGGAGAGUCUUCGAGACCUCUUCCCCAACCUUGCAGUCAUUCGAGGCACCCGCCUCUUCUUCAGCUAUGCCCUGGUCAUCUUUGAGAUGCCCCACUUGAGGGAUGUGGGGCUUCCAGGCUUGGGUGCCAUCCUUCGAGGAGCCGUGCGUGUGGAGAAGAACCAGGAGCUGUGCCAUCUGUCCACUGUUGACUGGAGCCUGCUGCAGCCAACCACCGAUGCCAACCACAUCGUGGGCAACAAACUAGGAGAGGAAUGUGCUGAUGUGUGCCCUGGAAUGCUGGGCACCGAGGAACCCUGCAUCAGAACCACUGUCAAUGGGCUCAUGGACUACCGCUGCUGGACUUCUGGGCACUGCCAGAGAGUGUGCCCAUGUGCCAGGGGCCUGGCUUGCACCUCAAGGGGUGAGUGCUGCCAUCCUGAGUGUUUGGGAGGAUGCAGUUGGCCCAACGACCCCCAGGCAUGCGUGGCCUGUAGGCACUUCCACUUUGGAGGGACUUGCCAUUCCACCUGUCCUAGAGGCACCUACCAGUAUGAAGCCUGGCGCUGUGUCACUGCGGAUUACUGCGCUAGCCUCCGGGCGCUGCCUGACCUCCCCGGCCGAGUCUCCGACUUUGUCAUCCAUCAGGGCAGCUGUCUGGCCCAGUGCCCUCCAGGGUACACCCACAAUGAUAGCAGCAUCUUCUGCCAUAAGUGUGAGGGGUUGUGCCCCAAGGAGUGUAAGGUUGGCACCAAGACCAUCGAUUCCCUGCAGGCAGCCCACGAGCUCAUAGGCUGUACCCAUCUGAAGGGCAGCCUCAUCCUUAACCUACGUCAAGGCUAUAAUUUAGAGACAGAAUUACAGCGAAGUCUGGGCCUCGUAGAAACCAUCACUGGCUUCCUCAAAAUCAAACACUCCUUUGCCCUCAUCUCCCUGGGAUUCUUCAGGAACCUCAAACUCAUCCGGGGAGACUCCAUGGUGGAUGGGAACUAUACGCUCUAUGUGUUGGACAAUCAAAACCUGCAGCAGCUGGGGGAGUGGGCAGAGGCUGGGCUGUCCAUCCCUGUGGGGAAGAUAUAUUUUGCCUUCAAUCCACGCCUUUGCCUGGAACACAUCUACCAGCUUGAGGAGGUGACGGGAACUCGGGGCCGGCAGAACAAGGCUGAGAUCAAUCCUCGAACCAAUGGAGACCAAGCAGCCUGCAAGACCCGACCUCUCCGGUUUGUCUCCAAUGUGACAGAAUCAGAUCGAAUCCUCCUUCGCUGGGAGCGCUAUGAACCACUUGAGGCUCGAGACCUCCUCAGUUUCAUCGUUUACUACAAGGAGUCCCCAUUCCAGAACGCCACGGAGCACAUGGGGCCAGAUGCUUGCGGAGCCCCCAACUGGAACCUGCUGGAUGUGGAACUGCCCCUGAGCAGAACCCAGGAACCAGGAGUGACCCUUGCCCCCCUCAAGCCCUGGACCCAGUAUGCUGUCUUUGUACGGGCUAUCACCCUGAGCAUGGCAGAGGACAGCCCCCACCAGGGUGCCCAGAGCCCUAUCAUCUACCUCCGAACCUUGCCUGCAGCCCCAACAGUGCCCCUGGACGUCAUCUCCAAGUCCAACUCUUCCUCCCACCUGCUUGUGCGCUGGAAACCGCCCACCCAGCGGAACGGGAAUCUCACUUACUAUCUGGUGCUGUGGCAGCGGCUGGCGGAGGAUGCAGAUCUGUACCUCAAUGAUUACUGCCAGCGUGGCCUACGACUACCCACCAGCAGCACAGAUGCCCGCUUUGACCAGGAAGAAGGGGAGCCUCUUGCAGAGGCCGAGCCAGGCUGCUGCCCCUGCCAGAGUUCAUCCCCCAAGCAGCCACAGCAGCCAGCCCUGGAGGCACAUGAGGCCUCCUUCCAGAAGAAGUUUGAGAACUUUCUGCACAAUGCUAUCACCCUUCCCAGAUCCCCCUGGAAGGUAACUUCUAUCAACAAGAACCCCCAGAGGGACCCAGGCCGCUACCGGCGGGCUGCAAGGGCCCCUGGGGGAGGGGGAAAUAACUCCGACAUUGGGAUCCAGGACAAGGUACCUCGAGAGCGGGUGGUGCUGAGUGGCCUGCGCCAUUUCACGGAGUACCGGAUAGACAUCCACGCCUGCAACCACGCAGCCCACACAGUGGGCUGCAGUGCUGCCACCUUCGUCUUUGCCCGCACCAUGCCUCAUCGUGAGGCAGACAGCAUUCCUGGGAAGGUGGCUUGGAAGCCAUCCAGUAAAAGCAGCGUCCUCUUGCACUGGCCUGAGCCCCCAGACCCUAAUGGGCUCAUUCUCAAGUAUGAAAUCAAGUACAAGCGCCUAGGUGAGGAAGCCACAGUGCUGUGUGUAUCCCGCCUCCGUUAUGCCAAGUUUGGGGGAGUCCACCUGGCCCUGCUUCCCCCAGGCAAUUACACAGCCCGAGUCCGAGCCACCUCACUGGCUGGAAAUGGCUCCUGGACUGAUGGCCUGGCAUUCUACAUCCCCGGCCCUGAGGAGGAAGAGUCAGGAGGGUUGCAUGUUCUCCUCACUGUCACCCCCGUGGGGCUCCUGUUGCUCAUAGUUCUGGCUGCCCUUGGCUUCUUCUACAGCAGGAAGAGGAACAGUGGUGGUUACCCCAACGGGACCCUCUAUGCUUCUGUCAACCCUGAAUACUUCAGCACUUCAGACAUGUAUGUUCCAGAUGAAUGGGAAGUGCCUCGAGAGCAGAUUUCUGUGAUCCGGGAGCUGGGCCAGGGCUCCUUUGGGAUGGUGUAUGAGGGGUUGGCACAAGGGCUUGAGGCAGGGGAGGCCCCCACAUCAGUGGCCCUAAAGACCGUGAAUGAGCUAGCCAGUCUUCGGGAGCGCAUCGAAUUCCUCAAGGAGGCCUCUGUCAUGAAAGCCUUCAAAUGUCACCAUGUGGUGCGGCUUCUGGGUGUAGUGUCACAAGGACAACCAGUUCUAGUCAUCAUGGAGCUCAUGACUCGAGGGGACCUCAAAAGCCAUCUCCGGUCCCUGAGGCCUGAGGCCGAGAACAACCCAGGACUCCCUAAACCAGAGCUGGGUGACAUGAUCCAGAUGGCAGGUGAGAUCGCUGAUGGCAUGGCCUACCUCACUGCCAACAAGUUUGUGCACCGAGACCUGGCUGCCCGAAACUGCAUGGUGUCUCAAGACUUCACAGUCAAGAUUGGGGAUUUUGGGAUGACUCGGGAUGUGUAUGAGACAGAUUAUUAUCGAAAGGGAGGAAAGGGGCUGCUGCCUGUUCGUUGGAUGGCUCCUGAAUCCUUAAAAGAUGGGAUCUUCAGCACUCACUCCGAUGUCUGGUCAUUUGGAGUAGUGUUAUGGGAGAUUGUGACACUGGCAGAACAGCCUUACCAGGGCCUGUCCAAUGAGCAGGUACUCAGGUUUGUCAUGGACAACGGCAUCCUGGAUGAGCCUGAGGGCUGCCCUCCCCAGCUACGGGAGCUGAUGAGUUGCUGCUGGCAACAGAACCCCCGCCAGCGCCCGACCUUCAUCCAGAUCCUAGACAGCAUCAAGGAUGAACUGCACCCAUCCUUUCGUCUCCUUUCUUUCUACUAUAGUCCCGAAAGUCGAGGGGGCAGGGGCUCCUUGGCACCCCCUGACACAGACCCUGACACCCACCCAUCACCUGAGGCCCACCUAGACCGCAGCCCUCCUAAUGGAAGCCUAGGACACUGAGGAGUGCCCUUUCCCCUGGAGUAUGUGGGAUCCCUGUAUACUGGGACAUUGUUGACAUCACAAGGCACUGAGAGGAGAAAACACAAGGUCCCCAGAUACCAGCAGUGCUGAUAUGGACUACAUGCUCACACACACACACACACACACACACACACACACACAUCACAAGAUGGCCCAAGGGGUGGGGGAGAUGGUGAGAUGGGAUGGGCCAGGGAACUAGGAGGGUUCUCUACUGUCCUUCUUGAACCGAUGGACUGGGGCCAGAUAAGGUGCCUCUGCCCUGAGACUCCAUGGGAAACUGAGAAGAAGGGACCAAUACAAUGGAAGGAUGGAAGUAGCCCUGGCAGCUGGUGGGGUACAAGACUCUCAGCACAGGGAAAGAGAGCAGUACUUCCUUUCAUGGACUAAUGAAAAAUACAUCCCCCAGGCAUUCCAGACUCAAAUGGCAAGGGGAAUCUAUCCUUUGUUGUGAUACAUAUAAAUAUAUAUAUAUAUAUAUAUACAUAUAUAUAUAUAUAU